GCGUCGGCCUGCUUGUCUUCUGGCGUCUGGGCCGUCUUUUUUGUUUAAGUUUUGACGCAUUUUCCUCUCUGCGGACAACCGUCGAGUACCUCCGUCUUCGGCGGCUUCGGCGUCCGUCUUUCUGUCCUCCUCGUUCUCUUCCGCGUCCUUGCUCAAGUGUGUGAGCAACGCAAAACUCAACGUAUCCCAAAUUGACUCUCCACCAUGGCGGACUCCAGCAAGGACCUGGACCACUACGAUUAUCUCUUCAAGUUCAUCAUCAUCGGAGACGCGGGCGCAGGAAAGUCUUGCCUGCUGCACCAGUUCAUCGAAAACAAGUUUAAGAAAGGAUGCAGCCACACAAUCGGAGUCGAGUUUGGAAGUAAACUCAUAAAUAUAGCGGGGAAGAGAAUCAAGCUACAAAUCUGGGAUACUGCUGGACAAGAGCGUUACCGCUCUGUUACGCGGAGCUACUACAGAGGUGCCGCGGGCGCUCUCCUCGUCUACGAUAUCAGCAACCGAGAUUCCUACAACCACUUGAUGAACUGGCUUGCCGACGCGCGGUCUCUCGCACGCGCAGACAUCUCCAUCAUUGCAGUCGGCAACAAGGUUGAUCUGAAGGAGAAGCGAGCAGUCUCCUUCCUCGAGGCUUCGCGUUUUGCUCAAGAAAAUGACAUACUGUUUCUGGAGACCAGCGCCUUCACUGGCGAAGGAGUCGAAGAUGUUUUCGUCAAAGUUGCGCGUCUCAUCCUCAACAAGAUCGAGGACGGCUUGAUCGACCCCAACACGAUGAUUUCUGGGAUCCACGCGACGCGCUCGAGUCUCGGCAGUCCGGGUCCGAAGCCGCCGCCAUCGAGUUGCUCGUGCUGACGCAUGCACUCGCGAGUUCUUCUUCGCGGAGCGUUUGGUGAAAGAGAAAAAACCUCGCCGACAACGGGACAACGCAGACAGAAGAAAAACAUGACAAGACAAAGAGCAAGGAAAACAGAAACAAAGGGCGACGCA